AUGUUACUAGUUUACGGCUUAACCGAACAGGAAAGUGACGGAUACAGGAAUUCCACAACGGUUCUAACGCGACGCAAGCGUUACCUAAUUUUUCGGGAUAUAUCCAGAGGAUUCGCACGUUGCAACGUUAAAGAUCGAGCAGUAGAUACUUCAACUAUUUGGGCCCAAGGCGUCGGAUAUCGUUGGAAUAUAGAGUUUAACAAUCCACCGGGACUGAGGAUCACUAAACGGGAUCUACAUAAUAGUAUAGACGAAAUGGUUCAAGAGGAUGAGUUUGAUGGACAGGCGUGCAUUUUGAGAGCAUUUUGUGAAAUAUCAAACUCGAUGACUCCUAAAAGUGGCAUAUUACUAAGACUGUUUAAAAAAAUCUUCGCCCACUCUCCACCCGCUGAUGCAAGUUCUACUGAUUCUAACAGUUUAUCCGGUGGUGAUGAGCAGUAUUUUCCAUUUCUGAAAUCAACGGACUGUCUGGAACUCGACCGGCAUUGCCCGAUAUCUCAUCUUAAGCUGCCCGAUGGCAGUGAAGUGGUGUAA